UUUGCAGUCGUGUCCUUUUUAGACAAGCGUCAGCUUUGUGGGUUCUCUUCUCAAGUUUUGACCCAUUCAUACGACUGUGAGCUGUUCAUUUGACGUGGACAUCAGCUUGAAGAGGGGCUCAGGGUUCUAAGUCUCAUCCGGACAAAGACGACAAAAUGCCUGGACCAGCAGCAAGUGCAACAAAUGUUGGGGCAUCUGGCCGUUCCCCCAGCAAGACAGUGGCUCCCCGGGCAGCAGGCUCUACAGUCAGACAAAGGAAAGCUACCAGCAGCGGCACACGCAGCGGUGGCAGGACCACAGGAUCGGCAGGAACCGGUGGCAUGUGGCGCUUUUACACAGAAGACUCGCCAGGCCUCAAAGUCGGCCCGGUGCCUGUGCUGGUAAUGAGUCUGCUCUUCAUCGCUUCUGUCUUCAUGCUGCACAUCUGGGGGAAGUACACACGCUCUUAAACACCGCCUGAUGACUUCUGACCCUGCGCCUCGGCUUCUUAACAUAUUGGACCUGGACCAAACAACAACAACUCAACCCUACUCCCUUUUUUUCCUUUUCCACAAUCACUACAACACACAGACACACAACCUGGAUUUUUUUAUGUGACCCUUUCAGAACAAGAACUUUCUCAGAGAUACUUUCAUCCACAUUGUUGCUUUUGUUCAUCCUAGAUUUUUGAGAUCUGACGUGGCGAACUGGAGGAAGCCAAGUUUUCACAUGCAGUGUCUGUGUGUUUGUUUGUAUGGCCCUCCCACCAAGCAGCAACAGCAGCAUGUUUACGCCACUGUUGCAUAAAGGUUUAGUUCCAUGCUCAAGGACAUUGUUGUUUUCAGGCCCCAGCAAACAUUUCUUAUUGUAGCCUGGAUUGCAUUUUUUUUUGUUAACAGCAUUUGUACAAAUGUAAUUGUAAAAUUGUACAAUAAAAAUGGAAAAAUA